AUGGCUCACAUAAAUGAAUCAGUGGUUUCUGAAUUUGUGCUGCUGGGACUCUCUGAUUCUCGAGAACUUCAGCUUUUCUUUUUUGCCAUCUUCUCUGUAGUGUACGUGACGUCAGUACUAGGAAACCUCAUGAUUAUUGUCAUCAUUUUUUCCGACUCCCAUCUCAACUCUCCCAUGUACUUCCUCCUCAGUAACCUUUCUUUCAUUGAUAUCUGUCAGUCUAAUUUUGCCACCCCCAAGAUGCUUCUAGACUUUUUCGUUGUGCACAAGACGAUCUCUUUUGAGGGUUGCAUGGCCCAGAUAUUUCUUCUUCACAGUUUUGUUGGGAGUGAGAUGAUGUUGCUUGUAGCGAUGGCCUAUGACAGAUUUAUAGCCAUAUGUAAGCCCCUGCAUUAUAGUACAAUUAUGAAUAGGAGACUAUGUAUAAUUUUUGUGUCUAUUUCAUGGGCUGUGGGUAUUCUUCAUUCUGUGAGCCAUUUGGCCUUUACAGUGGAUCUACCAUUCUGUGGCCCCAAUGAGGUGGACAGCUUCUUUUGUGACCUUCCUCUGGUGAUUGAGCUGGCUUGCAUGGAUACUUAUGAAAUGGAAAUUAUGACCUUGACUAACAGUGGCCUGAUAUCAUUGAGCUGUUUUCUGGCUCUGAUCAUUUCCUACACCAUCAUUUUGGUCACUGUCCAACGCAGGUCCUCCAGCGGGUCUUCGAAGGCCCUGUCCACACUAACUGCCCACAUCACAGUGGUAGUUCUUUUCUUUGGACCUUGCAUUUAUUUCUACAUAUGGCCUUUUAGCAGACUUCCUGUGGAUAAGUUCCUUUCUGUAUUCUAUACUGUUUGUACACCCCUGUUGAACCCCAUCAUCUACUCUCUGAGGAAUGAAGAUGUUAAAUCGGCCAUGCGGAAAUUAAGAAACCGUCAUGUGAACUCCUGGAAACACUAG